UCCUUGAACCGAGUGAACGUUUAAAGCAGGCUGAUGUUGAGUCUAGAAAAGGAAAGCUGUCGUCGAAGUAGUAAUCGACACGUGUCUAAAUUCCUCGAUCCGCAAAACCCUUGCUAAAAUCCAUAACCUUGUCCUCUUUCACCUCUACGGUUAAAGCAUUCUUUUUCACUCUCUCCCACUUUUCUUUUUCCAGUUCCUUCUUAUUAACACAAUCCAUCUUGCUUUCUGUGAAAGACCCACAAACCCACUUUUUUCCCCCACUUCUUUUAGAUUCUUUGUGUUUGAGAUCUGUGUUCUUUCUCCGCUUUCUUUAUCAUUCCCCAGUUGUGCCUUGAAGAUGUUUCAAAGACUUGGUUUUUUUCUGGUAAGAAUCAAAAAUAAAAUCUGGGGUUUUUGUAGCCAGUAAUGUUCGACUUACUUCUGCUGAUCCACGUUCGCUCUCAAAUUUGGCUGCGCAAAAGGAAAAAAACCAACAAAACCCUUUCUUUUUUGUUUUUACUAACUAAAAGGUCUUCAUUUUCCUUUCCUUUUCUGUAUAGAGUUCCUAGUGUACAUUCCAAAUACUAAAAGACUAAAAACCCAUCAUAAAUUUUCAAUUUCUUUGCCUUUUGAUCAUCUUCUCCGCUCUCAAACUAAUUUGUAGCUUUAAUUGUAUAGAAAACUCAAGUAGCUUGAGUUAUAUUUUACUUGAGCUGAGUUGGUAUAUAUAGAGUUUUGAAUGGGAUUUGAGGUGGCAUUGAUUUUGGUGAAAGGAUAAGAAAAACAGAUUUUAGUUAGUUGAACUAAACAGUUUAGAAAAGUGAAGAAAAUGAGUUUAAGCGCAGCCGAGGAUGAUUCAGGGUCAGAGAUUCAUACACAAGAAGAUAUAGAUUGGCAUAUGCUUGAUAAAUCCAAGUUCUUUUUUCUAGGUGCCGCUUUAUUUUCAGGUGUAUCAGCUGCUCUUUACCCUAUAGUAGUCUUGAAAACGAGACAACAAGUUUCAUCUACUCAAAUUUCUUGCAUUAAAAUGUCUUUCUCUAUUAUGAGAUAUGAAGGAUUGAGAGGAUUCUAUAGGGGCUUUGGUACCUCUUUGAUGGGGACAAUCCCAGCUCGAGCACUUUACAUGGGAGCCCUUGAGGCUACCAAGAGCAGUGUUGGUACUGCCACUGUUAGUUUAGGUUUUUCAGAUACUAUGGCAACUGCUAUAGCUAGUGCUGCUGCUGGGUUGAGUUCAGCUAUGGCUGCACAACUUGUUUGGACUCCAAUUGACGUUGUGAGCCAAAGACUUAUGGUUCAAGGUUGCAACAAUAGUAACAGUAGCAGAAAUGUGAUUCCAAAUGUGAAUUCUUGUAGAUAUAGGAAUGGUCUUGAUGCGUUUAGGAAGAUUCUGCAUGCAGAUGGUCCUAAAGGAUUGUAUAGGGGAUUUGGGAUCUCAAUAUUGACAUAUGCACCAUCUAAUGCGGUUUGGUGGGCAUCUUACUCUGUUGCACACAAGCUUAUUUGGGGUGGUUUUGGCUGCUCUAUGGGUAAAAAAGAUGAGAAUGGUGUGGUUGGGUGUUCAGGUUUUAGGCCUGAUUCAAAGGCCUUGGUGGCAGUUCAAGGGUUAAGUGCAGCCAUGGCUAGUGGCAUUUCAGCUUUAAUCACUAUGCCACUUGACACCAUCAAGACCAGAUUACAGGUUCUGGAUAGAGAAGAGAAGGGGAUAAGAAAACCUUUGACGGUUUUGCAGACAGUGCGGAAUUUGGUUAAACAAAGCGGAUUGGCAGCUUGUUACAGGGGAUUGGGACCAAGGUGGGCUUCAAUGUCUAUGUCUGCAACAACCAUGAUCACUACCUAUGAGUUCUUGAAACGGUUAUCAACUAAGAGCCAAGAAGCUUGACAACAUGAAUAGGGCGGAUGAGGGUAAAACAUAUAGGUUUCUCUCACUUGAGAUGCUUUAAGUUUUUGUUCCCUUAUCCCCCUUUUGGCCUCAACCGGCCUGCUUAGUAAGAAGGGUUACUAAUUGUAAAUUUUUCAUUUCUUAUUUUGGCAUUUUAAUGAUGAGUAUCACCUGCAUAUUGAUGUAAAACGUGUAUGUAGCAGUUUUUCUUUCUUUUCCAUCUGCCUCUGUAAUAAAAUGUAUCUUUCAUGUUCUCAAUCUAUUAUAAUUCAAUCCUUUACUACUCCAAAGUUUUGUUUGGUUUUUUCUUUUUAAUCACCUUGAGUUGAACAUUGCUAUCUCAGUUAUGACAGAGUAGAA